UCCGCCACUUAAUUUUUUCGACCGGCUCCUUCGUUUAGCUUUGUUCCCCCGAGCGACCCCAAGAAAUAAAAUAAAAUCAAAAUAAAAAAUAAGAGAGAGAGAGAGAGAGAGAGAGAGAGAGAGAGAGAGGAUUGGAGCUCUAAUCUUAAGCUUGAAGCACUUUCGAGUUGGUGGAUCCCAAAUUUGUAAAUUGGCAGUAAAUGAUGUGAAGGGCGCUAAUUGGGGACAGUGAUAGCACAAGGAAUGAAGGCGACGAUGCCCAUGAUGGAGGCUGGGCAUUUUUUGAUGCGGAGCUUCAGGCCAUCUCAUGGGGGAUUGGCUCUUCCAGGGUUUGGGGAAAACCCCAUGCCUAAAUCCCAACUUUUGAGUCCUCAGAUUGGAAGACACAGAUGCAGAACACAGUUCGCUUUAAACACAGGUGGAUCAUCAAACACCAACGGGGAACAACAAAAUCUCAACGAAGACAAUGCAGGCCUCGGAAGGACAAGAUUAGGAAUAAUAGUCCGAGCUUUCGCAAGACAACUACUGGAGAAAUUAAACUCUACGAGAAAAAACUUUCCGAUGAAAAUAUUUCUCCUUCUCUUGGGUUUCUAUACUGCAAACGCCCUCGCUACGAUCUUAGGGCAGACUGGAGACUGGGAUGUGUUGGUUGCCGGAGUUGUUGUGGCUGCAAUUGAGGGGAUUGGUGUGCUUAUGUAUAGGAAGCCCUUCAGUAGGCCUGCUGGGAGAUUGCAGUCGUUGGUGGUUAUGGUCAAUUAUUGGAAAGCUGGUGUCUGUUUGGGACUCUUUGUUGAUGCAUUCAAACUUGGGAGUUAAGGACAUUUGUAUGUUUUAACAGCUCUAACAAUAAAUAUCAUAAUUAAUUUUUGCAAAAAGGUUGCAUGA